AUGGGCAUUACAAAUCCAAGAUUUGUCAACGAUAAUUUAUCUCUUUCCGAAGAGAAAGACAUUGAACAUGCAUUCACAUGUAUUUUCAACAAUGAUUUGGAAGGAUUACAACAAAUUCUUCAGAAUUUAUCGGAUGCGUCUUUGGUGAAUGAAACAUUUAGGAGUGAAACGUUAUUGUAUCGAGCAACGUCGGUCGGGAAUUUGGAAAUGGUCCAAUUGUUAUUGAAAGAAAAAGAUAUUCAAGUUGACAAACGAAAUGUGAACGAAACGCCCUUAUCAAGAGCUGUUAUUUUGCAGAAUGUAGAAAUAGCAAAACUAUUGCUGCAACAUGGUGCAGACGCAAAUGUGAUAGGGACACUUCCAUUCAACUCGAACGAUGAGUGUUUGUCAUGCCUAGGUAGUGCAAUUCAUUACAACAAUAGAGAACUUUUUGAUUUGUUGGUUUCGUAUGGAGCGAAUUAUGAGAACGAGAACGGCGUUGAAGAAUUUAUGCUUAAACAAGAUAUUUCUAGAAAAUAUUUAAAAGGUCUUUAUAACUCCAAAAGAAUUGUCAAAACAUUGUUCUCUUCGCGUACAUUAAGCGAAUUAUUUCCUGCAGAUGUUCAAGUAUGUCACUCGCUGUGA